AUGGAGACGGUAAACCAUGUCCUCUUUGCAUGUCCAUCGGCUUGUCAGUCUUGGGCUAUAGUCUACAUCCCGGUGGGGGCUAUAACCUUCCCCACUGAGUCUGUAUACGCAAAUAUGGAUUAUAUUCUUCGUUUAACUUCAACAGGGGAUCAGAAUGGUUUGGGAUGGUUUUGCGAGCAUGCUCAGGAGCCUUCGCCAACGAUGGGUGCAAAGAAUCUCCGCAGAAGUCUUUCUCCCCUCCAUGCGGAAGUAGAAGCACUGGUGUGGGCAACGCGUUGUAUGAUUGACCACAAUUCCAGAGAUGUAGAGUUCGUUACCGACUGUUCAGACUUGGUGAAGAUGGUGUCUUCUCCUACUGACUGGACGGCUUUCUCUGUCUACAUGGAUGAUAUCACUAUUGAUAGGGAAGAAUUCUCGUCCUUUUCUUUAUCACUAGUUCCUAGAAGUUUGAAUGUUAAAGCGGAUUAUUUGGCUCGACAAGCUCGGUCCAUUCCGCAAUUAGUCAAGUAUGUCAAUAACUGUCUGUCACAUUGGCUCGUUUGA